GGGCGGACUGACCAUUUGAGCACUCAGGCACCGCCCGAGGGCCCGGGCUCAGUAGGUGGCCCCAUAAGAUGCCCCUGGUACCUUUCAUUGGCCUUUUCAUAGGCUUUUUUUUCGGUUUGGGCGAGGACACAGGGGCCCCAUGAUCCCCUAUUGCCCGGGGGCCCCAUGAAUUGUCAGUCCGCCCCUGAUUCCGCCCCUGGUCAGAUUGCUGUCUGUCAAUGCCCAUCAGUGCCACCUAUCAGUGCCCAUCACUGCAGCCUCAUUAGCGAACAU